GUCAUGAAUGAACAUUUCGGUUUUCAGACUCACCCCUAGUCACUCUUUUGGCCUAUCUUCCUUUCUUCUUCUUCUUUAUCCUUCUGUUUUUUCCUUUCUUCCUGCUCUUGUUUCUUUUCCCUGGCUGCUUGUUCCUUUGGCUUUUUCUCCGCUCUGGUGCUGCAUUUCCCGGCGCCGCUUCGAUGGAAUAUGGGUCCUGAUCAACAUGCUCAACUGGAUGACUUCAGUCUUGUCCUUCCAUUCCCCUCCCGCGUGGCGGUGAUUCUGGUUGCUGGUUUCUGGGGUUGGGGAGUUAAUCUGCACUAUCUCCUGAAGACAAACAUUGACGUUCCAGCCCUUAUUCGAUAUCCCGCCCGUCAUUCUUCCCAUCUACGGCCCCAUCACUCCUCGACCUAUCAUUUAGCGACCCUUCUGACCAUCCCCCUUGUUUUAUCCCUCUUGAUAUUCUGGGCUGCCACUCAUGGAUCUAAGGAGCGAGUGGAAUCGCUGGAUUACAUCCCCCAGUCAUACCUCUUCAUUUUCAUAAUCAUCAUCGCUCUUCCCUACAAUCGCCUUGCGCGAUCUGGACGACAUCGACUACUCGUGACCUUGAGGCGAAUCAGUGUUGGUGGGUUAGCGGAGGCCCAGGAUGGCAAAUUUGGCGACAUUCUCUUGGCCGACGCCCUAACCAGCUACGCUAAGGUCUUGGGGGACUUCGUCGUCACAUUCUGCAUGUUCUUUGGAUCCGAUGUCUCCAGCACAUCAAAGCCCAAUCGCAAAUGCGGCAACGACUACCUCACCCCUCUCAUCAUCGCCGUCCCCAGCAUUAUCCGACUCCGACAAUGUUUAAUCGAGUACAUCCGGGUCCGUCGCGGCGGCCCCAAGAGAGAAAACACGGGCUUCCAGCAUCUGGCUAACGCGUUGAAAUAUGCGACCGCAUUUCCCGUCAUUGUCCUUUCUGCCAAAUUGAGGAAUUACAACCCCCUAGAGAUGUACGGAUACAGCGAAAUGAGCCUGUCCCGCCUCCUGUAUUUCUGCACUUUUGUCAACUCAGCCUAUUCCUUCUACUGGGAUGUAACCAAGGAUUGGGAUCUGACCCUUCUCACCCCAUCACGCCUCGACCCGGAGCAUCCCUAUGGCUUACGUCGCCAUCGCUACUUCGCCGACCGACAAUACUACGCCGCCAUUUUGGUGGACUUGGGUAUUCGUUUCGCAUGGCUUUCCAGAUUCGUGCCGGGUUUUCUCUGGCUCACCGAGACCGAAGGGGGGCUUUUCACCCUCAUGUUUCUCGAGGUUGCGCGUCGAUGGAUGUGGAUUUUCCUUCGGGUGGAGGCCGAAUGGAUAAGAAAUAACCGUGGCCCGGCACCCGACGAUAUUCUACUCGGUGAGUUCAACGGCAAACUAGACGCCGAUUGACGCAUCAGCCGAGCCUUGAAAACAAUUCGCCGUUGUUUUAUUUAUAAAUGUCAUGACUUGUAUCUACAUGUAGACAGGACCGAGAGUUAUUGUUGACUUACGAACGCCUUUUGCUGCCAUUAUUUGCUACGCCGUUGAAGCCUACUAUCGCUUGCGCCUCUUUUGUUUUCUUGUUUCUGCUCUUCUCUUUUGGUUCCCUUUUUUUUCUUCUUAUAUUUAUAUAAACUUGGGAGUGGUUCGCUUUCCGUUAAGUUCAUAUUCACUGUCUUUUCUGUCUGUACCAUAUGGGCGAGAGCGUUCCGGAGCUACAUUGUGCCUAAAAAAUUGUUUCGGUCCUUUUCGUUUCUUUCAUGUUUAAUUCCUGGGGGAUGUUAGAUGGAUAAUCACUAAUUACAACAUGGGAAGGACCCCCUUUCCCCGAAAGACAAAAUAAAACAAAAAACCAAUAA